AGUAUGUAAUGGUUGCAUCAGAACAUAAUUCAAAAGAACAUUUCUCGCAGCAAAAAGAGAGAGAGGCUGCAAAGAUAGAGAGGAAGCUCCAGCACGAGAAGAGAAAGAAGUGUGAGAAGGCGUACGGAGAAUGGCUGACAAACAAGGCCAGGAGACAAGCCACUAGUGCUCAGAGAGAGAGCAGUGCUCUCAAAGAUAAGCUCAAGGAAAUUGAUAAGAAAAAACAUGCUGUUGAAGACAAAGCUAAAGCAGGCUAUGAGGAAUGGUGUGCUAAGAAGAAAAAGGAGAAACUAGUUGAUGAAAAACUGAAGUUUGAAGAGCAAAAAAGACAGACCCAGAUGGAGCAAGAGAAAAGGGAGAGGAGUGCGAAGGCAUACAGAGACUGGAUGAGAGUUAAUUACAAUAGACCUGUUGAAACAGACUGUUGUUACCAUAGAUUUAAGGAAAGACAAACAUUUUAACUUCAACUCACAUGCAUCAGAUCAUCAUUUUUAUUAAUUAACAAUCAAGUUGUCCAUGUAAAAAUGUAAAACCUUUUCCAUGUAAAAAUUAAAAUCAAAUAUAUAAUUAUAUAAACAAGUUUUGGGGUUUUGUUACAUUACUACAUAAUUAUGUCUAUCAGUUCUUUUGUAUUCCA